UACGAGUUCAAUGGUCAGCCCGGCGCACGCACGCACGCACAGCGCUCGCGCAGCCCCAGCACAUCCCACAUACUCGCGCGACACCAACAACAAUGGCAAACCGCGGUGUGUUUUGGUAGGAGGUCUCUGAUCGGGAGCGAGACCAUCGUUUAGCUUCGUCGCUUCAUUCGCGUCUUUUUUUUUUGGUUUCCCCUACAGCGAGAUUUUACAUUCAGGCUUAGAAAAGAAAAAGAAAGAAGAGGGAGCUCGCGUGUUGUCGCAUUUUUCCAUUUUCCCUUUCUUUAUUUCGAAAAUGUGCGAGGCGCUGUUGGCAAGCCCACACAGUCCGUGCAUGUGUGUCCCUGCUGCUGCUGCUCCUCUGCUGGGCUACAGCUACUAACCUAGCUGCUUUUCACUCGGCGCUUAGCUAACGUUAGCCCGCUUAGCCGCGUUUAUUGACUUGCGGAGGGGGGAAGAGACAAAACACGAGCGAAUGUAAAGCGUGUUUUCGCCGUUUGUUUUAUGACAACGACCCUUAACUGCUCGCUAAUCGUCGCCGUCGGCCGAGGUACGAAGUGUUGUAUGGUUUGUCGCGGAAAAUACUUUGCGCGCUAGCUAACAGGCUAGCUAUUUGUGUGUAUUCUUCGACUGAGGGAGAACGGCGAGUUUUUCUUUGAAAGUAUGGAUGAUCAGACCAGGAUGCUGUCGAGUCUCGCCGGACUCGGUGGACUAGCACAAGGCGACGUCGGUGACCCGGACUCGGUCAGGAAACAGCAGUCCCUCGGUCAGCCCCAGCAAGACAUCGGGGAUAUCCUACAGCAAAUAAUGGCCAUCACCGACGAGAGCCUGGACGAAGCACAGGCCAGAUGCUGGCCAGAGGACUCGCCGGCGCAUUGGGGUGGAUCAGACGACCCCACAGAGGGAGGGAGAGCAGGGGGGGGCAUGGCAGGGGGUGGCCUGCCACUCAACUUCCAACACAGGAAGCAUGCCCUGAACUGUCACAGAAUGAAGCCAGCCCUCUUCAGCGUUCUCUGUGAGAUCAAAGAAAAGACGGUGCUGAGUAUACGAGGUGUGCAGGAGGAGGACCCACCAGAUCCCCAGAUCAUGCGGUUGGACAACAUGCUGCUCGCAGAAGGUGUGUCAGGACCAGAGAAGGGAGGAGGAUCGGCCGCGGCGGCUGCAGCUGCAGCAGCAGCAGGGGGCUCACCUACCGACAGCAGCAUAGAACACUCCGACUACAGAGCCAAGCUCGCCCAGAUCCGCCAGAUAUACCAUUCUGAGCUGGAGAAGUAUGAGCAGGCCUGCAGUGAGUUCACCAACCAUGUAAUGAACCUGCUGAGAGAGCAGUCUCGCACACGGCCCAUCUCUCCCAAGGAGAUUGAGCGCAUGGUGGCCAUCAUCCACCGCAAGUUCAGCUCCAUUCAGAUGCAGCUCAAGCAGAGCACCUGCGAGGCUGUCAUGAUCCUGCGCUCACGUUUCCUAGACGCCAGACGUAAGAGGCGCAACUUCAACAAGCAAGCUACAGAGGUGCUGAACGAGUAUUUCUACUCCCACCUGUCUAACCCUUACCCCAGUGAGGAAGCCAAGGAGGAGCUGGCCAAAAAGUGUGCGAUCACUGUGUCUCAGGUUUCUAACUGGUUUGGCAACAAGAGAAUACGCUACAAGAAGAACAUUGGUAAGUUCCAGGAGGAGGCAAACCUCUACGCAGUUAAAACGGCGGUGGAUGCUGCCAAUGUGUCGGCGCAGGCUAGCCAGGCUAACUCCCCAGCAACGCCCAACUCAGGGUCACCAGGGUCAUACAGUUUGUCUCAAGCAGGCGACGCCUACCUCACUCUGCGUUCACUCAACGGGGAGGGUCUCAACAUCGCCCCCUCUCUACAGUCGCAGGUGGAUACCCUGCACCGUGCUACACACCUGACGGGCGGCUAUGAGGAGCUGUCGGGUAGUGGCCUCUACACCCCUCAUCACCUGGAUGCUAACAGCUGGCAGGACACCACCAACCCUCCCUCGGUCACCUCCCCUCCCGGUCCUCCUGGCAGCGUCCACUCCGACACCUCCAACUGAUCCGGUGGCUCCCUCUGCCAUCACUUCAUUCCCACCGUGGUCUGCUCUGACCUCUGCCCCCCCUCCCCCGCUCUUCAACACUCCCUCGUCUCUCAAGUAAACAGUCUCACCGGCCUGUUUUUUUUGCAUUUCAUAAACACACACUGUGCUGGAACACAGGACAGCCGAACCGCAGUCGGGAGGAGCGCUCCCUCCUCCACAGCUCCACUCCAGCGCUCGGACACUCCGUCACUCAGACCGAAACAUCUUCGCCAUCACAGACUUUUUGAAAAAAACCACUGACCCAGCUGUGUCGAUGAUCAUGAUGUCUGUACAUAAUGUGUAUAUGCACGUUAACUUCACACAGUACUCACACAGCUUGUCCAUGUGCCGUUGACCUCUGCACUCGAUCCUUUGCGUUGGGAAACUGUGUGUGAUUGCCUGUAUCUCUUGAAGCCUUGGCAUUUGCAGCCAAACCGUCGAUACAGUCGAUCACCAGGGAGCUCUGCUCACCUUGCUCGUACCAAAGUGCUGCCCCAGUAGUCGUCAACACAUCCGUUCCUCCGAGAUCAACCUCCGCCGACACGACACGCCGUCGCAUCUCCCGGGUGCCUCCUAGGUUGAUAUUUCAUUCUGUUGGAGAUUUCAAAGUGAAUCACGGAGACGCGUGCAGAAGGUGCAUGCAAAUCCCCCUCCCCCCCUCCUCCAUACCGCACACACAGCAACACAACUUUUCAGUCGUUUUCAUAGUGAGCUGACAUAAAAAAAGUGUCAAGCACAAAUGUUAGCAUCCUUGUUAUGGGUGUCUCUACCUGUAAAAGGGUAGUGAAGGGGAUCACUGUUCUAAACCAGGCGGGACAGGUGAUAUUAGGGCUGGCGAGAAGAGGAUGAAAGGGCAGAGAGAGGAGAAUAACUUUGGUGGAGUGGAUGUAACUAAUAGCCCUUUUUGUUGCUAACCAAUAGAGGGUGUUGGUAGGCGGCUUGUAGACUUUACUUCUUGCUUUCUGUCCACUAGUUAUUUUGAUUGUAGGCUAUUUUCUAAUGCUGUUUCACCAAGAAUGCACCAGCCACCACCAAAAAUGAGCUCAAUAAAGCAUCUGGACGACGUGAGGCGGGGGGGUGGAGAGGUUGUGGGGCAUCGAUGUGUUAUUGGGACUAACGUGACAUGAAUUUAGAAACGUGACUGUCUUCCAUGCAUGUAGGACUUCUAGGCGUGAUAUUAUUGUUUUCAUUUAACCUUCCGAGUUUUUAGCUUCGUUUUUAUUAACAAAAAAAACCUAAAAAAUAAAAGGGUAUAAUUAUUACAGUCAGACCAAAAAGGAAAAAGUGCAUCAUGUAUUGCUAUGAUGUGUGUGUCUCUGUGUGGGCGUGUGUACAGUGGAUGUUUAAGUCAAACUGGCUGGUGCCCUCUGACCUUCGUGAGCAUUAAUAGAGACUGGGUGCUUCCACCAGCCAAUGACACAAGCAGGUGGGGGGGGUUUCGGGUGAGGUCUCCUCCUCCCCCUCCCCAUCUCGGAAACAUUUUACGCUCCUGAGCCCGAGGCAACACGCUACAACCUUCUGUUGUACCAAAAACCAAAAAUACCACGUUCAGCAAUGUAAUAAUGCUACUCUGUCUCUCUCUCUGAAGCUGGUGCACAGCCACCUUUGCAGUUCGAGGCGAGGAGGGAAUUAUAUUUGUAUCUGUGUCUCUCUGUGUGGUGUUGUCAUGCCUCAAGUUGAUUUGAUUUCUCUUUUUUUUGGGGGGGGGGGAGGAGGGGGUUUGUUGUGGGGCUUCAUGGGAAGGAUGGGUGGAGCGAGAAAACUGUCAUAUCAGACCUGUAAUUUGAUUGUGCGCAUCGAGGGCAUCUUCUCCCCUUUACCCAUCUUUUAUUAUCCUCCGCUAAAAUCACAGCCCUUUGUUUUUUAAGUUCUGUGGCCGAUUGGGCAAGGGCUUCUCUGUCUCUCCUCUGUUGCCAAAAGAAAAGAGGCGGCACCGGGCGAAGUCAAACUCCUGUUUUACGACAAACCUGCAGCGUCUUUUUUGGGGACUUUCAUUCUUUUGGAACUAUUUUAUACAUUUAAAUGUCAUGUGAAUAACAAAGCAUUUUGAUAGUAAGGUAAAGCCUUAUGAAUAUUUAAGUGUCAGUCGAGACUUUGUUGAACCAUAUGUUACAGAACAAAACUUGAGCUUAUAAGCUGGUCACAUGUGAUAACCCACGUUUUAAUUGCCUGUUUUUGUUACUCAUCGCAGUUCAUACGACUGUAUCUUACAAAAUUAUCACCGCACCAAAUUGUCAUGCCCCCCCCCCCCCUCCUUUUUCUACCUGUUGUAAUGGAUGUCACUGUACAGUUUGUGUAAUGUUUUCCGUAUAUAUUUUCUUUUUCUUUCUUUCUUUUAUAAACUUCGAUGUUCGGUUGAGACGCCAGUUUUUACUUUUGGCCUUUUGUGUCACGGAUUCACGAUAACUCUGUAUCAACUUUGAAUAUUAUUUAGGUCUUUUGUUACAUAACCGAGUGGCAAUGUUUAAGGUUUAGAGGUGGGACCGUCUGCCGCUGUGGAAAGAUUCUCCAAUGCAGGGAGGUUCUGCGAUGGCUAUUGUUUUGUUAUUUUUACCAAUGCUAAUCCCUGGACACGUCUCAUCUGAUUCCACCCACGUUGUCCACACGUCCUCAGUUUAACACUCAAUUCCUCACAUUUGCCACUUUUUGAGCGUAAAUCUUUUUAAAAAGCUGCUUCAAAAAUUUGAUAAAUCAGUGUGCGUCAUUUUAAACCAGACUGUGAUAAAUUUAGGCUUUACCUUCAUCAGCCAGUAACGACUUAACACAGAAGGGGCAAAUGUUUGUGUUGUGGAAAGUUAAUUAGAUUAAUUAUACCUAAACAGCAGCUUAUUUUAUGAUAAAUUCUUGUUCCACGUUGUAAAUGCAUAAUCUGCUCCUUGCUCCGGUGACUCUGCUUGAAGAGAACUCCAAACACCAAUGGGUUCAUUCUGUGGUCCUGCACUUGGAAAAUACUAAACUCAAUUUCACUCUGUCGAAGGGGGUUUAAACCGUGUCUGGAUUCUGCAAGUGACUAAAUGGCUUCCACAGCAUCAGACGUCUGAACCUCUAAACCUUUAUGAUUUCUUUGUUUUUAUUAGUAUAUUUGUAUCUCCCUUCUUUCCCUUGUAUUUACCCCUCUCUCUACCUCUGUCUUUCCAUUUUUCUUGUAUAUAACCCCCACUGUUUUCAGACCUGUGAGUCUGUAUGAACUCCUUUUAUACCUCAACUUUAGAAUUGUUCUAGAAAGAGUAAAACAAAAGGAAGAAUAUGACAAAUUGUAGUGUUCUUAUUAGAAAAUUAAUAAAAUGAUUUAGUGUGA